AUGGUGAAGCCUAAAUCCACAGAGGAGACUGCAUUUAAAGCCAUGAAGAAGUUGAAAAUCAAGAAGUUCAAGAAUGGUAAAGGUAAAUACAAGGGAAAACUUCCCUUGAAGUGCUUUAAUUGUGGAGGUAUAGGACAUUUUACCUCUAAAUGUCCAAAGAAGGGCAAAACAGUUGAGUCAGAUGAUGAAAACACUCAAGCCUCCAAGAACAGCUUUAAAAUGAAUAAGUUCAUUUCAAAGAAGAAUGACACCUUCAAGAAAAAGAGUUUGAUGACAAAAAAAGAUGACAACUCUUCAGAAGAAUUAACAGAACUUAGAGACUCUAAUGAUGAAUUAAUUUUUAUGGUCUUAGCAAGCAAUGACCAUCAAGAAGAGGAAGAAAAAUCUGAUGAGGAUGUAGAAUCAGAAGCUGAAAAUCUGGAAACUAUUUUUUAUACUACCAUAAAUGAGCUCAAGAUAGAAAGAAAUAAAAGCAAGAUGUUAGAGAAGCAGCUUGCAGAAGGAGAGAAAAUCAGUCAACUAAAGCUCACCAUUGAAGAAACACAGAAGAUGACUGAAGAUAUUAGUAUUAACUUAUCUUUGAAAGUUGAUGAAUGUGCCAAGCUUGAAGAAGAAAUAGUAAAACUAAAGGUGGAACUUGAAAAUUUAAAAAAGAAGGAUUACCUUAUAAUUGCAACUACAUCCCCAAUAAGUACAACUGUGAAUGACAAGGGCAAGAAGGUUUGUGUCCAAGAAACUGAAGAAGAACAUGAUCAAGUAGCAAAUGGACCUAGCAUGUUAGAUGAUCUCCUUAGUAGACAAAGACCUACCAAUGAUAAAUCUGGUGUUGGUUAUGAGAAGGGAAAUUCUUUAAAGUGGGUGAAGAUAAAAGGGAAUGGCACUGUACAUAAUCUGGUCAGGUUUGUUAGCAAGAAGAGAAGAGGUUCAAGACCUAUGAAUUCUGCUAGCAAGAAGGUUGACGAGGAUAGGUUUACUACAGUAUACUAUUAG